UUAAGAAGACACUAAACGUUCUCCACUUCCAUCACAUCACAGCGCAUAAACGAAAUCUCUUACCACACAAUAAAAAAGAAGACCUUCUUCUUCAUGGAUAAAAUGGCGUUGCUGUCGUUUGUCGGCUUCCUGACGUCACUUCCUGUGCUCUACACAAGGAGUCUGGAGACAAACGUUACAGCUGAUGACGCCGCAUCAAGGUCUGGAGGUCUGGAGAUGAGGAAGUUACGUCACAUCGAGGCGGAGCUCGAGGUGUUGAGGAGAACAGUGACGGAAAUGAAAGCUGGCGAGCAGUGCGGUGCACAAAGUCCACAUCAAAACUUUUUGAGAGAAGUGACGAGCGAAAUACAAGCGCUCCGUUCACAGUUUCAAGGUCUGCAGGUGCAAAGAGAGUUGUCCGUCCUGCGAUCAGAUCUUCUCGCCCAGUCAGCCAUGCUGGCGGACACCGGAAGUAAGCCUGUGGGCAGAACACCGCAGAUCAGCAGUGAGCCUCCCCGUGUCGCCGAGAACAUUUCUACCAUCAUGAACACAGGAGCCGUGUACGAGCGCUGGGGCAACAGUGGCUGUCCUAAUGGCACAGAGCUGGUUUAUUCAGGUGUUAUUGGCGGCUCAGAGAACACUCACACUGGAGCAGCCGCCAACGCCCUCUGCUUGCCCUUGAACCCUGUCUUAGAGAACGUCCCCGGCGCGAGCUUUGUCGCUUAUAUCUAUGGAGCUGAACUCCAAAUCCACCCUCUUCCCAAAAGUGACCAUGACCCCCUGUGCGCUGUAUGCCGCAGUCCACGGGCGACAAUCGUCAUGGUACCCGCUGCCAGCGCUUGCCUCCCUGGAUGGAUAGUGGAGUAUUCCGGGUACCUCAUGGCAGGACACCACACUCACACUGCAGCGACAGAAUACAUUUGUGUCGACAGAGAGCAGCACACGCGCACUGGGUCCGACAAGAACGACGACGGCAAACUCUUUUAUUACGUCAGUGCUGCGUGCGGUAGUCUCCCUUGCCCACCAUAUGUAAGCGGGAAAGUGUUACCUUGUGUCGUCUGCUCCAAGUAACGACCAUACACAUGCAGGAUAGAUGUCACUAGGACAGAUAAAUAUUGUAUACUUCAAACUCGCUCUUAAGUUAGUAACAUUUGUAUUUCUGUCGUAACCAAGCAACCGAGUCCUUAACCUUUUCUGUUUCCUUUUUUAUUAGCAGAUAUUUAAAUAUUGUAGCUAGCUCAUUUACUUUACCGCUUACAUACACGUGUUUACGUGACUAGCUGGCAAUGGCAUUUUAAUCACUGUAUACAUGGGAACGUCCUGAAUUACAUACACACAAGCGAGAGACGCAAAACGACGGUAUCU